CUAGAAUACCACAAGUACCAAGUGUUAACUCAACCUCAUUUGUCAUAUAACUCUUUACCACAACACCAAAGCUCAACAAUGGCAGGGGUUAGUAGAAUGCUUCACCUGUCCUCUAGGCAUCCACACCAGUUCAAUUGUAUGUCCUCUUCUUCUUACCUCAACUCCGGUAGUUCCUCAUCAUCAACAUCGAUGAAAUGCUUAUUAGGCAAAGCAGGGGUGACCGGAGAGAAGGAAAUUUAUGCAAAUAGAGAGAAGAAGUUGUCAGUUGCAGUCAAAGCAUCGACGGCUUCAAAGAGUAUGAUUUCCUUGGAGCCACAAACGAAAAAUGGAAUCAGUCUGCUUUCCCUGCUGGCAAAUGCCACAGAAACAGCUCUCAGGAUCUUGAGGCACUCUAUGAACAGGAGAAGAUCAUGGAAGCUCCAGGCUGAGAUGCUCAUGGAGAAAACAAUCAUUGACUGCAGGUUUUUCACAUUGUUUGCUGUUGCCGGAUCCUUGAUGGGCUCAAUCUUGUGUUUUGUCGAGGGUUGCUUCCUUAUUCUUGAAUCAUAUUUCAAUUAUUUUCAUAUGAUGAUGAAACACUCAGAUCAUGGACAUGUUAUCGACCUACUUAUGGAGGCUAUAGAUAUGUUUCUUGUUGGAACCGCCAUGCUUAUUUUUGGGAUGGGAUUAUAUGUUUUGUUUGUCGGUUCCAAUUAUACAAAGAUGAAGGGUACAGGGCUGAUUCCUCGAUCCAACUUUUUUGGGCUCUUUCAGCUUAAGAUGCUCCCAGCUUGGGUGGAGAUGCAGUCAAUAUCUCAGGCAAAAUCAAAAAUAGGGCAUGCUGUGCUGAUGAUACUCCAGGUGGGUGUGUUGGAGAAGUUCAAGAACAUACCAUUGGUUACUGGGCUGGAUCUUGCCUGUUUUGCAGGGGCCAUAAUAGUUUCUUCAGCUUGCAUUUUUCUUCUCUCAAGACUCUCCAUGGAUGGAACAAAAGAUGGAAGGUAGAAGACCAAAAUGGCUUGCAUGGCUUACGGGGCCAAAAACUAACAGUUCUCUUUCAAUCAUACAGAUUCUUUUUGUUGUAUAAAGUAUAUGUCCAAAUACCUUUCAGAAAGCAAAAGAGUCCUCUAUGUAAUCCAAAGAGUUAGUGGGAAGGGAGAAAAAAUAAGAAAAAUAAAUAAAAGGAUAUUUUUUGUAGUAAAACUGAAUAUGUCUAAAUACCAUUAAGAAAGCAAACGAGUCCUAUGAUGUAAUCCAAAGAGUUUUUAGAAAAGAAGAAAAAUGAAUAAAAAGGAA